AUGGCCUCUGCUGAGGAGAAGGCAGACCGGGCGGCUGCACUAGCAGGGGCCAUUCAUGACUGGCAGAUCAUAGUGUCUAAGAAUUCCUCCGAUAACGCAAUCGAAGCGGGUCUCAUCAAUGGGAUCCUUCCUCUUCUCAAGGGCAGAAGACUUGAUCCUUAUCUAGAGGAUGUCCAACAGAGCCCAUCAACCGACUAUCAGCCCGAGCUUGACAAGCCAGGAACCAACUUAUGGAAUGCGUGUAGAGAGGCUUCAAUCCAGUGCGGCGGUAAUAAAACCAGGCGAAAGUCUCUCAGCGCAGUGCAAGGCAUUGCUGCUUCUAUGAUCAAUAGAGGAACCUCAAACACUAUUACUGGACAUAUUAGGGUCCUCAAAGCGGUGUUUCCAACGGUUCGCUUUCUGCUCGAAAAUUUGGAACUAAAGUUGGCUCUUGGAAACCUGACAAUUGCGGCUAGCCGACUUGAAGCUUUGCGAUUGUUAUCUUCUUCUGUUGACAGUGUCUUGUUUCAAUCGUUUAAUGCAGAGUACUGCAUGCUGCGUGUGAAAUUGUCUUGCAUUGACUGUCGAUCGGACCUUGCGGAGUAUCACUAUUCACAGCUACCCCCAGCGGAAUCCAUUAACAAUACCCAAAUGGUGAUCGAGACCUGCUACGAAAUUGCAUGUGACCCACUUUUUAUUCCUGGAGAAGGAUUAAAAAUCAGAUGGUUGCAAAGAGCAGUGCGUUUGUUUGACGAUUGCAAUGAAGAUAAGACUAGAGGAGAGCAAAUUCCUGCCCACGUUGGUCUGACCCUGCGACACACACUCGUACGAGCAUAUCUGGCAGUAAAGACAGAGAAGGCACGCGAAAAGCUUCUGGAACAUCUCAAAAUCCUCAAAAUGGAUCACGGAACCGAACAUGCCGUUCUCUUUCUACAACUGGAUGUGAUCCGCGACAUGGGCAAACCUGAGUUACCUGACAUCCAAGAAUAUUUCACAGUUUUGAACCAAAUCUCCACCACAAUGGAACUCACGGCGAGUGCAGUGAACUUGAUCAUGUCUUACAUCAACCUCUCUGCACCGGACAGUGGAGCAUUUGAGAUUUCAGCUUUCAAGGAGCUGGUCCUGCGUUUGGCAGAGAGUGAAGAUGAUUUGAUUGAGCAUUGUUUCCUCUGCUUUGCUUGCUCGGCGACCGAAUCAGGCGCACCUGAAGAAGACAAAGUCUCAGGAAUUUCUGAAGCAGCCAAAACCUUGCAUGAAAAAGGCGUGAAGCCACUGAGGCAGGCUGCAGCCCAUGCGGCUAUGGCAUUUGUCUGGAAACAAAUGGACACACAGUUCAGUACGGGUCAAUUUCUCAACGCGCAAAAAUGGUGCAGAUUCCUGAUCGAUGCCAGCUCGAUGCUGCUCCUUGAGGCCUCGGAUUUCAACAAAGACCAGGCUAAGAAAAAAUAUGUGUCAUCUUCUCUGAAAUGCAUGGACAUUGAAGCUGCGCGAAAGGUGAUCGAGGAGAUAUCUCCGUAUCUAGACCCUGAAUCCGGUGAACUCGACCCGAAAGUUAUGUGGUUGCAGUACUUAGUCCACCUUCAUACAUGCGAUAUCGACAACGAUGAUGAAUGUGCCUGUCAGAACCACCUCUCAAUCUAUCCCACGCUCGACACACAUGACCUGGACAAAGUUGAUUAUCUUCAGGGCUGUGUAAUGGCAGCACAUGACACAGGCAGAUUUUCCGAGGUGAUGAAGGCUAUCUACAAAAUGUGUUCAUUUGUUCAUCGACUUGUGAUUGAAAAUGAUGAUGGUUUGUCACCUUCUUUGCGCGCUGCUGAAAAGAAGUCAUCACUUCUCGUCAUUUACGUUCUGUCGGUUGAGAUUAAGAAAGGGAAUCUCGAGCAAGGCAUCCCAGACACGAUGGCUCAUCACCUUGGAAUCGCGGCGAACCGCCUCCGACAGGGCGCAAGUCCCGAAGAGCAGUAUUACACUGCGGACGAAGUUCGAUGGAUUUGUCAGAAGUGUUUCAACCUGAGUUGGAUACUAAUCAAGAACUCAAAGUUUGCCCUUUGCGACAGACUUGAAACCGCCUAUUCUGCGCUUUCACGAGCUUAUGGUACGGCACCCAUCUGGCUGGGAACAGUGCCCACGGGCACUUUGACACAGAUAGAGCAUGACAAAUGCCGACUUUUCCUUCUCCAACUCGCCAAACAUACCGCCCUUGCUCGACUUGAUGAUGAUUCGGAGCCCUAUGGGCCGGCCUGGCACUACAGUCGAGUUUCGAACUUGGUCAAUAGCAUGGAAAAUUCUCUCGGAAUCCAGAGAAUCGUGGCACUCUAUCCAGAAGGAUCCAGCCCCGAGAUGAACGUGUGGGUUGCCUACAUGGAAGCAUCUUUCUUCUUACGGGACUGGCCCGAGGCUGCACGAGGCCUUUUCAAGUCCUGUUACUUGCAGUCUGAAGAUACAUGCCGACAGGUCAUGAGCCUCCUCCUGAGAAUGGACCUACCCCGAAAGAUGAAGGUCUACAUGAUUCGACGUGUGUUCUGCGGUUUCUGGGAAGGCAGAGGAUUCCCUCGUUGGAUGACGGACUUUAUCCCUUACCUCUUGCACGUUCUUUUUGAGCUGUGUACCGACGGAAGCUCAGCAUUUCACCGAGUGCCCUCAUUGGCUGAGGAUUUCGACCUCGAAAGCAGACCUCACAAUAUGGAAGCUAGAGCCAAUUCCGAAGAGGGCACAUUUUCAUAUCUCGAAAUUGCCGAGCUCGUUCUGGACCAGGCACUUACGUUGAUCGAUGAGGGAAAGUACCUUCGAAGCUCCACACACCAGGAAAUGCAUCGUGCCGCUUUGGAAACCGAGGGUCACUCGGUUUGCCAUAACUUGGUGUACCCACCUAGCGAGCUUGCCUACCUCGCUAGGGCCUCGUUCAACCAGGCCAUGGACUUCUACUCGGAGGAGAAGGACGAGGACUACAAGCGGUGGGCAGAGAAGGCCAUUAAGUUGGCAGAGAAGAUGGAGAAUGAGGACGGGGCCAACCUCGUCCAGCUGUUCAAAAGACGGCUGGAGGGGUUGGUCUAA